UCCGCUAGAACAGAACAUUUCCUUGUCACUUUCGGUUCGUUUUCGGUUUUACACCACGGAAUAUGUUUGAGGUGGUAAAAAGGAGCGCCAUUUUUGUGUCCUCGUCUUGUCCUGGCUGCUUUGGUUUAGUAUUCGGUAUUUCGGAGGUCUUUUUAAAGGAUAGUCCCAUUUCUGCAAACAGGGAUACAAGUGGUUACACUCAGGAGAAUAUAUUUUUGAAGCUAGCGCAGUAUCGCCAAAUUUGAAGGCCAAACCGAGAAUAGUGAAAAUUAGCAGCAUUUGUGAUGGAUAAGCUGAGUACGCGAUCGUGGGUGGUUAGCAGGAAAGAAAUCUUUUAUCCUGCUGCAGUUCGAAGCGACAGCUCUAAUUUUUUCCUAGUGGCAUAAGCGAUAUCAGUGAAGCAACACAUCGAUUUCGCCAAUUUCGUGAUAGUUCGAAACAUAUCAAAUGAGCACAGUAGUGAUUACUUCUCAGUUUGCAAAAGUUCAGCGUCAAUCAUUGCUCAAAUGUGUGACAGCUCAAAUACUGGGUGCUUUUUUCUUCGAAGUAGUAAGGAAAAUGGAAGAUCAGUGCCUGACCUCACCGCUAGUCCGGGUCGUGCACCACCCGGGCCGAUGCCCUCCCAUCAGGGCCAGCAACAGCAACAACAGCACCACCCCCAGCAGGGCGGCCACAUGCAGCAGAGCCAGCGGGGCAUGGGCGGCGGAGCAAACAAGGAGCCAGUUUUACUACAGGGUGACUUCCGGAAGGUGUCCGGUAUUAGCUCGGAGAUCUUUCGCCAAAUCGAAGCGGUGGAAAAUGACCACGACCCGAGCACGGCGGCCGCAUUGGAGGCGGUGGAAAGGCGUGGUGAAAUGAUAGUGCGCAUUCUGGAGCCCCGCUGCAUGGGCAGCCGGCAGGCCGUCGAGGCUGGUCAGAAAUUUCUCAACAAGGCUGAUGCCCGGCACAUGGUGCAGCUGGUGGAGAUUGUUAAACGACCCGGUCAAACUCUCGGCCUGUACAUCCGUGAGGGCAACGGUGCGGACCGGUCCGAUGGGGUGUUCAUUUCUCGGAUAGCACUCGAGUCGGCCGUCUACAACAGUGGCUGUCUGAGGGUAGGAGAUGAGAUUCUCGCCGUAAAUCUGGUCGACGUUACACGAAUGUCGCUAGACGAUGUAGUGAUUAUAAUGUCAAUUCCGCGACGUCUAGUUCUAGCCAUCCGACAGCGUCGCGGUGCUCGAGGAGCCAAUUCCCCUGGACCCCACCAGUUGUCGCGGCCGGAACAUAAACCACCUCCUGUGGUGGUUAUCAAGCGCGACUUGCGGGACGAUGAUCUAGACGAUUCGGAUCGAGUACCACGCUCUUCACGAUCGUCCCGUGAGAGACGAACGGGAGACGGCCGGGAAAUGACCGAGUCCCGGUCACGGCUGGGACUAGGCCUAAAUAAUUACAGUCCCCAGAGCGAACAGCUCGAUUUGUACUACAGUAGCCGCACCGGACAACCAGUGGAGACUCCGAGUUGGGGUUACAAACCACCGCCACCACCAUCUGUAAUCACCGAGCAGCCGAAGGGAACGCACGGCUUCCAAACAUCGCACUCUUACUAUCAGAAUGCUGGAACGCUGGAAAGUUUAGCCGAGAAAGUACACUCCUUCUAUCCCAGCACCAAUCGGCGACUAUCGGCCGGUACAGGCGUCAGCAUGUCUCAAUCCCACCAACGGUUCCCACGCAGUGGCUCGGAUCAACAUCUGCCACGGGUAGAAUAUGCAGAUUACGCAUCGCUCGGUCGCCAUGCUUUGUUACGGUCUAGCCUAAAAUCGGACCUCGUACAGGCAGCUCCCAUUGCCGGCGGUACCCUAGGCCGUUAUGGACGUUAUGAACCUCCACCGUCAUCGCGCACCACAAAAUAUGGGCCGUCGCCAUUGGGCGCUACUGGAUCUCUGCAACGACGUUCUCGCCCAGCGCUGGAUUAUUCAAGCGAUACAGAAGCCACAAUUGGUCCCAGGCCUAGUUAUUACUAUUACAACCACCCAGCGAUGGCUGCCGCAAUGGGACGUGGUAGUACGCAAGCUCUCGGCGGUGGUCCCGAGUACGCCAAAUUUAACUCUCUACCACGCGAACGUCCCGGUUCCCGGAUGGGUCUCCGAAGUCGUAUCGGUGAGCGCCUGCAAGACGAAGCCGAUGGAAACUUAUCCGCUCCCGAGUACUCACUGCCCAUUCGAAGGGAUCCACGCGAUUUACGCCAGCGAAUAACCGCUAGCCCAUCGAUAUUUACUUCAGACGAAUACCGAGCCUGGCUGCGACGUGCUCCCAGCAGUUCAGCCAUAUGCGAACAGAUGCGGGCAUCUCGCGAUAUCCUGAAUCAGCAGCGGGCGCAUCGUUUUUCUUGUUCAGCCGAAAAUAUUCACGACGUUCUCAAGAACACCGAACACAUCUACAGCAGUCGCACUGGUCUCACAGGCGGCACACUAGAUAGGCACAACCUUACGGUGGGUGGUCCACGCAUGUCCUCACUGCCAGUACGAUCCAUGUCUUCACAGCACAUCGGACCGUCGUCCAUUCGAUCGCCCAGUGUUCGCCGUAUGCGCCAGCUGCUCGAAUUGACUCAAGGCGGUCCGGGUGGUGUGCCUGGAUCGGCAAUGGCAGCACUUACUGGCCAUCAGAGUCCAGCACCGACACCAAGCACAACACUGCCUAGAACUCAUCGACAGAUCGAUAUUAAUCCGGCGGAGUACACCAAAUAUAAGCUGGAUAAGCCCGUUGUAGACGCUAUCGGUAUGUCAGGUAUGCUGUGGAUACAUCUACUCGCAGGUCGUGGUUUGCGGUCCAUGUCCGACACCACGCCUCAAGUGCAACAACCGAUGAUUCGUGAUCUGUAUUGUGUGCUGGAAUGUGAUCGAAUCCACAAGGCUCGAACGGUUGUCCGAUCGGGUGACCUUCAGUUCGAUUGGGAUGAAUCGUUCGAGCUUGAUCUGGUUUGCAACAAGCAGUUGGACGUUCUGGUUUACUCAUGGGAUCCACAGCAUCGACACAAGUUGUGCUAUCGAGGUGCCCUGUCGCUUACCACAUUGCUCCGACAAUCACCGAUUCAUCAGUUGGCAUUGAAAGUUGAGCCACGAGGUACAAUCUAUCUGCGACUACGGCAUACAGACCCGUUCCAGCUAUAUCGUCGCCGUGGGUUGCCCAGCUUACGAGCGAGCGUACCGGCACUCUUCGGUGCUGACCUGGAAACUGUUGUGACGCGCGAGUCUAAGGGUGCUCCGGGAAGCGCUCCAGUUCCUAUAAUUUUACGUCGCUGCGUGGAAGAAGUCGAACGACGUGGAUUGGACAUCAUCGGCCUGUACCGACUGUGCGGUUCAGCUACCAAAAAACGAUUGCUCAGGGAAGCUUUUGAGCGUAAUAGUCGAGCGGUGGAAUUAACGCCAGAUCACGUACCGGAUAUUAACGUUAUUACAGGUGUCCUGAAAGACUACUUGCGGGAACUCCCCGAACCGUUGUUCACUAAAUGUUUAUUCCAGAUGACCGUUGAUGCACUAGGUGUUUGCUUACCGGAUGACCCGGAAGGUAAUGCUAAACUAAUGCUUAGCAUUUUGGACUGUUUGCCAAGAGCGAAUCGGGCAACAUUGGUCUUUUUGUUAGACCAUCUGUCGUUGGUAGUUUCGGCAUCGGAACGAAACAAAAUGUCCGCCCAAGCUCUGGCGACCGUAAUGGGUCCUCCACUAAUGCUGCAUUCAUCUAGUGCCGGUCCGAACGAGGAGAUCGAUCACGCACAACCGAUCGCAGUGCUCAAAUAUUUACUGCAAAUUUGGCCCCAACCACAGCACAGCACCACCGGCGGCCACGUUGGUACCUCAGGUCGGCGCGGCGAGCCAGUAGAGCCGCGUGGAAACAAAGCCAGUGUGUUGCAAGCGGGCAAACCACCGGCGCCUCUCCCGUCCCUCCCGUCGGCCAGCAACCUUCUUCAUCAUCAGCAGCAGCAGCAACAGCAGCAUCUGGGCCCACCGGUAUCAUCCUCCCUGGUGGCGGGGACAGUGGGCCCUAUAUCCCGUUCUGCAACCAGCAGUCCAUCAACAGCCUCCUUCCAACUCGGUCCGCGUCCGCUCUCAGCCACUCCCAGCAAUCUACAGUAUCAAUCAGUAGUGGCUCAGUUAGCUCAAUCCCAUCGAGUCUUGCAACAAGUGGGCCAACAGCACCAUCUAUCGGAGGGCUCAGCGGCCUCGGCGGAGCCCGGCCAAUCGCCACAUCACGCCACACCCUCCCCAAGCUCUAGUUCGACUUCGUCGGCGUCCGGAUCAGGAUCCGGCACGGACACUAUUAAACGUGGAGCUUCGCCCGCCUCGGUUAAGUUUAAGGAAUCCAGCAGUAGCUAUUCGCUUAAAUCCGACACCAGUCGUAUCCUGAGCAGUAGCAGCAGUCUUAUAAAAAAAUACGCCAGCAGCAAUAAUAACAACGGAUCUGAAGCCAUUGCCAAUGGUGGAGGAGGAGGAGGCACCGUCGCUACUGCGACACUUUCGUACGACCAUCAUCUGCUUGGCAAUGGCGGCGGAACCGGCAACGGCAUUAUUCGUAAACGGGACGGCAACGGCGUUGGAUCCACCAUGACCACCACCACCACCCCCAGCAGCAGCAGCAGCAACAAUAAUGGACCAAAUAUCUCCUCAUCAUCCGAAUUACAGUUUCCAUCCAGAAGUGUUCUUUUCACAUCGGACAGCCUGUCAUCGACGACAACGACAUCGCCGCAAUCACCGGCAGUGGCCACCACAUCGUACGGUAGUAAAGUUUGCAGCUCAACAUCCGCGACACCGGUGGGCCCAGCGUCUACUUCAUUGGACGUUGUAACAUUCAGUUUGGACGAAAAGAAUAAUCUCGUCGUGUCACCGUCGCCCUCAUCUGCAUCGGAAUCCUCGCAUCAUUCAUCGAACUCAUCGCUACGAGAACGAUCGCCACAGCCAUCACCCUCACCAUUGAAACGGCAGGAUCCGAUAGAACGUGCCGAUAGUACAGGCUCAACCAGUGGAAGCUUCAUUUCAUCGCUGCGAAGUCAAACACUGGGCAGUUACCAGUUUCCAUCGAGCAGCCUCAAACUGUCGAGCCAACUAAGUACCGAUUCAACCGCUUCCGGUGGAGGAGACGACGGUAGCACAUCGUCCCUAUUACGCAAACUCACCUCGUCACUGUCGCGAACGAUCACCAGUAAUACGGGCACUUUACCAUUAUCGUUAGGUAGACAAGGCGCAAGCAGUUCACUAUAUCAGCAAGACUAUUCCGGUGGCAGCAGCAGCAGCAGUAGUGGUAAGCCAACCAGUGCUUCUCUAAAUUAUACGAGCUCAGGUGGUAGUGAGGCGAUUACCACAGCCGCAGCCGUCAGUAGUAUGAGUAUCUAUGGUACCCUUCCAAAGAACUCUUCGAUAUAUUCUUACGGAGGAACAUCCUCAGGUUUACUUACGGGAACUUCCAGCUCGUAUGGUAUUAGUGACAGGCUACGGGCUCUAACUUCAGUUGGUGGUGUGCAAACAGAAUCAUCCAGUGGGUUGGGAUCUAGCACAACCGGUUCGCCCGGAGUUGAUAGUGGGGCGGGUUCCAGUGCUGCCGAUCUGGCCAGCACCACUAGUGGGUAUGAUUAUGAAUCAUCCAGCUUUUCGUCGACUGGAUUAACCUCAUCGUACGGUACGACAGCGUCGUCCGUUUCGAUGACCACGUCAGCUGCUUCGGAGCUUUCUUCGUCUUAUUUCAGCACUGGUAGCGGCACCAGUCCGUUCGCAGGUAUGGGGGGAAACGGGUCCACUGAGAGUAGUACAAGCACCGCGCCUCCGACAUACCGAGUGCAAUAUUCGUCGACGAAUCCAUUCCUACCAAGCUACAAUCCUCCGAGCGAUAAUGGUGGGUCCGGUCAUGGGAUAGUCACAAGCGGCCGCAAUGGUGGAUUGAAAUCAUCCGACGAAGAUGAUUCAUUCGAUAUGAAGUAAUUUCGGCAAUCUUUCGCUAUUGAACAGUAUUAUUAUUACAAUAGAAACUAAUAGAUUUAACCGGUCAGGGUAAUCGUAACACGAAGCGAACAACAGCAGUGGACACAAUGAUCUAAACAAUCAGCUUUUUUUUGUAUUCGGCAGUAAGUGAAUACAAAACAAUCAAAAACACGGUACUUAAGCGACAGGUUUUUGAGAACGUUUAUUGUUUUGACCACUUACUGGACGCGUGUUUUCACGCACUAGCCAACCUAAUCAACAACAGAAUAUGUUCUAGGCCCAUGUCACACAUUUGCGCUACGCAUACUCAUACAUAUAGACGAAUACUAACCACUCACACACACAUAAAGCUUAGCAGUGGUUGUUAGAUUGUGCGCGUUUCAAUCAACGUUUGCCGACACAGUUGUUAUGUGAAACGCAUCCUUACUCAUUGCGCAUUUGAUACGCUUUAUUUGUCAUUCGAAUAACAAAUAUGAAAGCUUCUUCAACUAAGCUUGAACGAAAUCAUAAACAAUACCAUAAUAAAACAGCAUUUGAGCGGAAUUAGUAAAUAGUACCUAUGUAUGCGUUUUGCGAUCGAUUCCGCAUAUCUAAUUUUCUCAUUAUUCAAUUCACAGUAUAUACAAACCUCAAGAAUCUAGAAAAAAAACAACAUUUAACUCACUCGAAAACAACAAAAUUUAAGUCUAGGGAGAAAAUUUUGAAUACAACAAAAUACAACCGAAUACAAUAAGACGAAAGAUACAAGACUUACUUAUACAACACUCAAAACCACACACACCACAAGACACCCCAAACAAGGGGUGUUUAACGCAAAAGUAAAGUAACAGGUAAAGGUAGAAUCAAAUAAUCCAGAUUAACACAUUAACGCAGUUUUUCAUUAACAAGUACUUAUCAUAUUCAUGAGUGCAAUUCGCGACCGGCUUCGGUUAAGCAAUUUGUUCGUUCCACAACCUUACACUGCAUCCUAUAUUUAAAAAAAGUAAAGCAACAUAAGCAUCAAUACUAUCUUUAACCACUCGAUAACGCAAUGUUCGCACACAUUGAUUAAUACCUACUAUCAGCUACAGCAGAAUGUGGCAUCGAGUGAGUGAGCUUCAAAUCACCUUAUAUUUAUCUCUAUGAAUAAGAAGAAUGCGUUAAGAUGCUAGUGGGUUUUACUUCUGCUCCCUCGAUAAUCUCUACUUAGCACAAAUACCAUCUUCAUCAUCAACAUCGUAAAUGUUCAUAUGGCAUAAAAAAACUAAAUGCUGGCAAAACUCCCAGUUUUUUUUUUUUUUUUGGUAAAAUGAUUUUUUCGUCAAAAGUUGUCUGAAAUGUGCGGUUUUUUACCCAACCAUUUUUUUUUAUUCUAUCUCAAUGUUUGAUACAAACUAACGGUCAAGUUAAUUUUUACUAGAAUCUUGUGAGAUUAAAGGUGUUCACUUCAGGGUGCAAGUGUAGUAGUACCGAUUGAGGAAAUCUACUUGCGGUGCUCACAAACAUAAACAAUACUAUAAUGGAAUUCGAAAUAAAAAUUUGCUGAAUAUGAUAAUAUAAUUAUGUACUAAUGUGACAGACUCUUAGAGCAGUGGAAAAUUUGAAAAGAAUGUACCACAUAGAUUUUAAAAUAUAAUCUCUGCUGAAAAACAUUCAUUUUCUUCAAAACCAUGAAACAAGAAAAAACGGAUAACCUCCAUUCGAUUCAUUGGCGAUUACUACAUAGGAUUCGCGUCUAAGGCAGGCAUUUUUUACGCAAGACUAUCUUCAGUUUACUGUUUGCAUGCCACUCGAUGUAAAAAUUUAUGUUCAUCAUUCAAAAAAAGUGGAUAAGGCCGAUAAAAAUUUCACUUCAUUUUAUGUUACCCCCCAAUUCAAAAAUGUUGAAAAUUGGAAGGGGAAGAAAAAAAAUCAAGCCGUUUUGUUAAUAUUAUUGACUUUUCGACAGCGUAUAUGCUUAAUUUAGCAACAAACAAGUCCAAUGAUAGCGAGAGUGUCAUCAAAAGGCAAGCCAAAUGAUUAAUAAUGAAAAUAGUGUGAUAUUUUGCAACACACUUUUGCAUGCAAGUUACAAACGUCGUAACUUGCACACAAUUUUCUUUGUAAGCUAUUCCUUUUUUUUCUUCUCAGUGUUAUUUAGCUAACUUUGAUAACCGUGGACAUAAAAACUUUUCAAAAUUUGUAUCAGCCUAAGUGGGCUAAUACCUAACGUUUUCUACAUAUUUUUUUUCCUGUAUGGACUUGCUCACUGCGACCAGAAUCGUUGAACUAUUGUAAGAUAUGCCCGGGUGUCUGCUUUAUCCCGCACUUCUAUUAUUAGCAAUACCGCUAUUGAGAAGUGGCAUGCUUAUUAUUAUUUUUUAUCAAUGCUUGUGUGUAACGCUUAUUAAUUUUCAAUGUUUUCACAUUGAAGGACAUUGAAAAAUGUUGAAAUAGCAAAGUGAAUUAUUGUAUUAUAACAGUUAUGUAUGACGACAUUUACCCCUUCACCUAUAUCCAUCUUAAUUGAAAAUAAAUGAAAGAAAAACACCGCACAUUUUUGUCUUCUUGAAAAUAUUAAAAAAAACACGAAUUCAAUCCAUAGUAUGGAAUCCAUAGUUUUUUGCAAAUUUUUGAUAACAAAGCAGCAAAAUUAGGCAUACCGCGUCCCCAUCUAAAAACUCAUAACCCUUCAUGUUGAUUAGUCUUAUCUUCGGUACGAGAUGGUCGAAGCCGUCUCGAAAGCGUCUGCGUCAAUUUUUUAUGCUAAGGUUCUGAUCCAGUGAUUGAACAAACAAAAAAAAAACAAAAUAUUCAUUCGGUUACUUGUUGUAGUAGUUUUAUCUAAAUUUAUAGCCUAAUUUGUUUGUGGAUUAUCCGCAGUCGAGAUUAACCGUUGAUGGACGGAAUGUCAUACUAAUAUUGUAUGCCAUCCUUAGACAAAAAAGUUCAUACAAUUAAGGUUGAAUUAAGUGAACUAUUUGUAAGGUUAUGGAUAUUCUUUUGUAAAUAGAUCUCAUUCGUUAUUCGUUGAUAGUGAAAAAAUGGUACGUCAUGCAAAAAUAAAAUCAAGUAUUCGUGUUGAAUUAAAUUCUACAUUAAUUUAGCGACAAUUACUGAAAAAUAGGCAAGAAUAAUUAUUAGGAGAAAUGUGUAGGCUAAACUGACUGCAGUCACUUUGUUUAUGUACCAUUUGGCUUGGCUCGAAACUUUGGAAAAUGGAUUCGUUGUCACUAGAGCAAGCAUACGAUACUCAUGUUAGAAAACAGGUUCCCUUUACUCUGGUUUGAUACGACAAAACAUGGAAAUAAAGUUUUCGGUUUGCGUUGAUAAUGUCCACUAUUGGGCCGUUUGUAACCGUCACCGUCACCAAAAAAAAACAUAUACUCACAACUCACCUUGUAUCGAUUUCUAUCUAUCAGACUAGAUUUAUUUUAGUUAGUGAAAAUGGCUUUUUCUCGUCGUCGAAUAUUACACUCGCACAAUAUAGUCGAACUCACUCACACUCACGAAGACAAAGCAAAUGGAUUGAAAGAAGAAAAAACGAACUUUGAACCUCGUCAAAACAAAAACAGGAAACCAAAUACAUCGAUUUUUAGAAUGGAACCCGAAAGCCGUCGUCGUCGCAGUGUCUCUCUCUCUGGGAUUGGAAAGUUAAAAAAUAUUGCUAAAGAAAACAUGGUUGUUUUCCUCUUUUAACAAUCGCGUGAAUCCUUCUCUCGUGGUGGUCUUUAUCCGAGAUACUCAUACUACUACUGGCAUCAACGACCUUUCUCUGGGCUUGUCGUUAUAUCACUGUUCCAUAUCGUAGUCAUACAUACAACAUAGCAAAACAUACACACAUAAAGAUUUAUAACUAUAUUGAAACAAGAAAAAGAAAAGAGAAUCAGAAACGCAAACAAAAGUAAUACUAAGUUCCAGUCAUUUGUGGAUAAUUUUGUGUCAAUCGAAAUCUCUCACUGUUCUCAAGCAUAAAAAUUCGAUCGGAGGUAAAAAAACUUUUUUGAGAAAACCAGAAAAUCUGCAUAUAUUUAUAUCAAAAUUUAUAUUGAACAAAAGAAAGAAAAUGAUAUUAGAAAAAAAUCUGCUAUACACAUACAUAUUUAGAGUAAUCAUCAAUAUUUGAAAAUAUUUACAAAACCAUACAAUCUAUCGAAAGCCCACGAAACCAUUCAAUUCUAAGCAGCUCAGCAGCAGGCCACAUAUUCUGAAAGUUAUGGCAGGCAGUUCCAUAGUAGUCCGUUUCUCUCCGCCUACUAGAACCAAACUGAGAAAAAAAACUAGUGUAGAUUACUAGCGCAAACUUUUUUCUAUCUGGCUAGUAGUUGAACAGGCUAGCAGUAGUUAGCCGCAGCACCACCAAAUUACCAAUACAUGUACUUGUAAAGAAUAAAGGACUGCUCUUUGCAAGCAAUAGAGUAAAUAGACGAUUGAUGUUAAGCAUAUUCCCCUUUCCACUCUCCACCGAGUUUCACAAACGUUUCCACGCGACAGUCUAACACACACACACGUCAUUAAAUUGUAGUUAGGAGAGGAAGGACGGUCUCUUGCUAGCAUGUACACAGUAUAUGUUACUCUCUGUUCACAGUACGUAAAACCAAUAAAAAAUCCAGCUAGGAUCAUGUUUGUGUAGUUAUCAAUAGUAUUUGAAACAAUCACUAGUUGCGUCAAUAGAAGAAUAUACGGUCUAGUUAGUUUUGGAACUAAUUUGUCAUAGGAAAUUACACAAAAAUACGGUCUUGAUUUCGAACCCCCCCCCCCCCCCCCCCAACUGACAGUUGCAACUUUGCGGUGGUUUGGUGUGCCAUCUUUGACGCUUGAAUUUAAUGCACAAAUUUACGAUUCCAAUCUGCUAAGCUAUAUUUAUCCAAUUUUUCAGAGACUAUCCAGCUAAAUCUGGCAACCAACACUGCCAAGUUGUCACUGAUAAAAUAUUGUGCUUGAGAUGAUUGUUUAAACACAUACAUACACACACGCUAAUUUAUGUCUUAUCCGUUAUAAGCAGCGUUACAUCUAAACUGUAGCAAAUGUUUUGAUUUAGCAUUAAAACGAAUAAAGCUUAGAGAAAAGAAUCUUUAUCCAAAAAACUGUCAAAAAAGAUUAACAGCACCAGCAAGGCAUAUCAUACGAUGGACAUCACAAUUUCCAGUGAAUCUAAAAAGAGCAACUAAACAAGAUAGAGAGAGAGGAUGGGAGAGAACGGGGGGAAAUCAAUGAACACCCAUACAUGCUCACAUAUACACAAAAACGUUACACGUAGCAGCAGCAUACACUCACGCGCGCCCGUUUUUUGUAAAGGGGGAAAGAAAGAAAAAACUACAAUUUAGCAGGACAAAAAAUUGCAGCAAUGUUUUUUGAUAUAAAUUUACAAUCUUUAAAACACUUUAAGCAAAACAAGAAAGCAGCCAAGCAUUCUAACUUUUUUUCUACUAAAAAUUUAAUCAAAGUAGGCACUCAGAUUUGAGAUUAUUGCGAUUAUUAAUUAGUUGUCCCCCAGGGAAACCAGUAAAUGACAACAAGCUCGCAUUAGCAACAUGUCAACCAUCUGUUUUCAAUUAGUUUAAACAAUGCAGCUGAAACAUAAACCAACCAAAACAAACCGUAAAGGAGAGACGGAAAUGACCCUUCAGAAAACAAUCAAACCAAAGCGCCAGACUCUUACUUCGAUUCUAAGCUAUCCAAAAAGCGUUCUGUAUAUCAAAAAUCGCAAGCUUUACACGCGUUUUACCAGUUGACUAACCAGCAACAGAAGUACUGGCACGCAGCAUAAACACCGUCACACACACGUACACACUUGUAUAUGUUCUGAUAAAACAAAUACCGCCACCGCAGCAGAGUUUUCUUUUUUUCUGGACGUUUAAUUUCUAACGUGUAUCAACUCUAUAUUUAGAAUUCGAUAAAAAAAGAUGACUUAUCUAGUGAAGAAUCAGAUGAGAGGCACUGCGUCCGAAAGUUAGAGAAAAACGAAUAGUAAAAAAUACAUACAAAUAAUAAAAAAACACAUAACAAGUAUUAAUUCUAAUGAUUGAAUGGUGAAAAGACAAAAACUAACUAAGUAGCCACGUAUUUAAGCAAAACAGUGAAGAGUGAAUGAAUGAAUUUUAUACACACAUUACGAAACCAACCAAGUUAAGGUAGUUAAUUUCAGCCGUUCUAUUCCGACACACAAACACACGUUUUAGUGUACAAACACAUACCUAUACACAUACGCAUUCACGCAGGUAUUAUGUUGCGGCUACCUUUAUAAUAAGCAAAGUUAUUGAGCAAAUACACAAUUGAACUUUCCUAUUUCAGUUCAAAACUAAAGAUUUCGGGUGUAGAGAUUUGAUGUUCAAGAACCAAAAAUUACGCAAAAAUGAAAUAAUCUUAUACCAAACCAAUUCCCUAAUGUUAAUACUAAAUUCACCAAACCAAAAAAGAAAAAGACGAAAACAAUGAUGAAAAAACAAUAGCUUUUGAUAAUGUAGCAAACAUAUGGACAGAAUGGACAGAGAACAAAAAAACCGGCAACACGCGGGGUAAUACAUGAACUCCCACUAGCCAUCGCUGUCAACUGGAAUUGAUUAUUUGUAUACCAACCUUUGGUUGAGGUGACGACUAGUGACGUAGCCGAAGGGGUUCUUUCGAAAAUUGGUUUUAUACAUGAAUAGUGUUUUUGAAAAACAACGCUAUUCUCAGAUAGAUAAUUUCGAGAGCUCUUUUCGAAAUGUUCAGAAGAGUUUUAGACUACUAAAUUUUCUAUCUCAAAAAUGUAAUUUGGAAGAAACCUAAGAUUUAAUUUAAUUUAAUUUAAGAUGACCAUUUUUAAAGCAACACUUACUGUUUUGUAAACCAAUUUGUUCCAUUAUAGAAUCUCAAAUAUUUCCUCCAUAAAAUGAAAAUUUGGACGAUUUCCAAAAAGUGAUCCAUUGACAAUUUUUUUUCAAUCUUCUAUCAUUACUCAGAUAUAUUGAGCCGUUUUCAAAUGUUAUUAUAGAUUUUUUUUGACAAAUAUUUAUAUAAAUAUAAAUUCGUUUAGUUUUGUGAGGCCUGCACACACUCACAAAGAUUUUGCUGAUUCUGAGAGGGUUCUACCAGCCCCUCAGUCUAGUUCACGUGACAUCCGUCUAUUAUUUAAUUAUUUUAAAUCGCGUAACAUUUUCCGAAAGGGAUUAUGCAAAAUGGCAUCGAAAAACAAAAUAUAGCAUGCAGAAAAAUGUUGCGUUUCAUUGAAAAAAGCAAAGUUUCAGAUAGAAAGUGCAUCUCUGGAGAAAUUUGAUAUUUUGAAAUUGACAAAUAUGACUAAAGGUGUCGUGGGCAAAAUGUAUAGAAAAAACAGGAAGUCAGAUAUCUUGUUCGAGUCAUUUUUGAAAUUGGCCAAUUUAAAUUAAAUCUUACAGAUUUUCAUACAAUUUUAGUUUAAUUAAAAAAAAAUCAAUGUUAUUUAUCUUUGAGUUAAUUGUAAUCACAAUUUGAACGUUAUGAUGCAGUUUUAUUUCAACGAUUUACUAAUUUAUGAACAAACUCACACUAAUUCUGAAAUAUCAAAUGCUUUGUUAAAUUAAAACAGUUUUCAAACCAAAAUAAUAUUCCUCUUGCCAUUAUUUAUUUUAUUUUUAUCCAGUAUUGACGAUUUUUAUUCAGUCUAAAAUUUCAAUCUAACCUAGGAAAAUUUUUGACUAAUAGUGUCUUUGACAACUUUUACGGUUUAAGUACAGACUAGCAUAUUUUCAAAAAUCAUCGCUCAUAUGAUAACACGUAAAUAACACUAACACCAUCUGCUGUCGUGUUUGCGCUGCGACCUGAAUUGCGACAGCAGCGCUAGCGUACGUGCAUGUGUCGAAUUGGGAACCACGAAAAAUGUGUGAGAUUACAUGACAGCGCUUCAGGCAAUGUUGUCACGUGACGACUUUUAUUUUGAUUGGGAUUGAAUUUAUAGUUUUUGCGGCGAUAGAGAUAAGCACCAGUGUUGCGUCUGUUACACUGCGUUUGAAAUUAUAAACCUAUUGGAAGAAGAAUCGAAUUAUCAUUAAUUUCAUGAUUCAUUUUCUGAAACAGUUUUGUUCAAAUUUUGAUAAUUUUGAUUGAAAUUAUUAUCAAUUAUUAUCAAUUGUGUAAAAACUUUGAGACGGUUUGAACUAAACUUAAAACCACUCAACACUGUUUGAUGUGAUUUUAAUGUGAUGUAAAUUAUUUUAACAUAAAUUAAUAAAAAAACAACGUUAUUUAUGAUCAUGUAAGUACAGAUCUAAAAAAAAAUCUAAAUAAAAUAUCAUGAUUUUAAUCAUGUAUAGCUUCGAUAAUUUUAUUAAUUUUCGGACAAAUUUUAUUCAAUAGUGCUAUUUUUAACCAGAUUCAACUAGGUUUAUCUAUAUUCGUGUGAGUUGUGAAGUUAACAUGACAAUUUAAAAAUUGGACAUUGGGCUCAUAAUUUGGAAUCUAGAGUCGAAGAACAUAAAACGAAAUUUUAUUUUACAAAAUAUCGUGACGAUGUGCUUUUGUUUACAGAGUUGAAUGGUAUCAACACUUUUAGCUCAACUUAUUUUAUGGUGAAAAAAAAUUAAAGUGUGAAAUUAUCGCCGCAUCAAUUAUCUGAAUUCUACAGAAAAGCGCAAUUCAAAGCGAGAUCUGAGCAAGUUAUCUUCAGUAUGUUACUGAAAGUUCAUGAGUAAGCAUUUUUUCUUCGACGGCUGCAGUGAGUUCAUGAGCUAUGAAUGGAAAAUAACUAACCCAAUAUUGUAACGGCAAUAUGAAACAAAUUACUUAGAGAAAUACUUUGUAUUCAAAAAGAUAAACCCAAAAAUCAUUAGUAUAAAAAAUACAAGUACCAGUGAGCACGCAAAACACAAAAAAUUAUCCCGCUAAGAACAAUACUGUUCGCCCCCCCGCAAAGCAUUGGGAAUAAUCGAAGCAUUUUUAUUCGACGGUGUAAAAUAGGAACAUUCGUGUAGUUGUAUUUGAAAAAUCAUACACAUUCAAAACACCCACGAACACUCACACAAAAACACACAGACAAACAAUUAAUUGUUGAUCCUCUCUAAUCCUUUAAUCAAAAUCAAAGUAAAAAAUAAAUCCUCUAGCUGUUUUCGUUUAUUUUUUUCUAUAAGAAAAUGUCAAAUAUUUACUGCAUGGAACGCCAUUAAUUGUUGAUUAUUAAUUCAAACCAAAAACAAACUAACGAAAAUCAAACAACCUUCCCGACUUUUAUUCCUAGUCCAAGCGUUAAGAAACGAUCGAAAAAAAUAGUCUAUUGUAAUCAAGAAAUUAAACGGUAAUAGGAAAAAGCAAACGAAGUUUAUCAUCGUAUUUAUACAUAAAUGAAACAAAUAGCAAAACUUCACUAGCCCCAGUGGGGAACAAACCUAAACUUCUGCUUUAUCUUCAGAAUCGCCUCUUUGUACAAUACACUCGCGUUCAGGACCCAGAUUAGGUCCGGCUAGCCUUCUCGUACGAACUCUGUGUGUAACUUCUUACCCAUCAGUCACAAACAAACAUACAAGCAUACGCGCAAUAUCCACACACACACAUCGUUCAUCCAGAAAAUAAAAUCACAAGGAGCUAAAUGUUGAACAAGCAAACAAAAAUACUACCCAACAGUAAAAUCAUAAUCUAUUACAGCAAAAGCAUACCACAGACAGUAAAAAAACACUCGCGAUACGAACAAGCUUAGCAGAAACUGUUCCGGGGUGUAAAUGUAACUAUCGCAUAAGUUAGAAAAAAAAAUCACAGCGUGAGAAAGUGAGAAAGUAAAUAAAAAUAAGCAGACACACGGACAAGCAAGAAAGUACUCUGAUUGCCACCACUGCCACAACUAAAAGAAUAAAAACUUAACGAAAAACGAGCGACGGAUGGAAUGGUAGAAAGCACUAGAAGAAAGAAAAAAAGAGAUGAUAGGUAUAUCACGAAACAACACACAAAACCAUUACCAUUUGUCUCACACGCGAACAAACACACUCACGACACACACACAUUAUUCUCUCACGGGCGUGAGCGUGCACACGAAUGAAUCGAUUGAGUGUGUGGAUAAUUAGUAAAUAAAUUUACUGUACACAAAACAGGUGGGAAUAGCGAAAACAAAAAGCAUUUUAGAAUUGCACGAGAAAUAAAAGCAGCCGAAACACGUCGUAAGCAAAUGAGGAAGACAGCAGUGCAAAGCUACAUACACAAUAGAACACACAUACACACGUAUACCCCACAAACGCAUGCCAUAGUUUCAGCAAAGUGAACGAACAGUGAAAAUAGCAACAAGAAAAAACCAUAAAACACUCUCACACAUACGAACAAAGCCUGAAAUGGGAAGACAAAACGGAACAGAAGCAAAAUAAGAACAACGCUAAAAAGAUAAAUUAAACCGAAACCAGUCAACCGCGACGACGGAAUAGAGGAAAUAAAAGACAAAAAAGGAAGAAAAAAAUCUACUAAUAAUUAUUACAAAGAAUAAUGGAUAAAAAUAUUAAAAGUAUGAAUAAUGAUAUGUUAUGAAUAUAUAUAUAUAAAUAUAUACAUGAUAAAUAUUA